GGCGCAGCGGCCGCAGCCUAUUGUUAGUCGGAGCCGGGGCGGUUCUGGGUGCUCGCAGCCGAGGGAGCAGGAGCCGCCCGCUCCCCGCCGCCGGCCGGCCCUCCCUCCCUCCCUCCCUUCCUUCCCCCGCCGCCCUCAGAGCUCCUGGACCCGUGGCCACGGCUCCCGGGGCUCGCUUCCCCUUCCCUCCCUCCCUCCCUACCCUGGGCCUGGGCGGCGGCGGCAGCGGGGGCGGCAGAGACCUUCGCGAGAAGCGGAGGCGGCGCCGGCGGCGUCGGGGUCGGGCCGUAUUUUCCAUAAGACAAAAUAUAUGAGACUCUGGAGGCUGAGGAAAACAUAAAAUCAGGAAAUAGUGUGGGACUUUGCAGAGGAAUAACAAGGAAACAUCCUGAUCUUUGACGACUAGAUUCCAAUCAUAUAGAGAAAGUAGAUGACUUUUUGCCCCAUAUGUGAUGGAAAGAAAAGAAUCCUCAUGAACCUGUCUAGCUGGUGGUGAAUGGGGGCUUUAGGGCCUUUAUAGUGGGCUCCCUAAGGAAGUCCCUUCAAGACCAAUGGAUGCAUUCACGAGCUCGAGUCUCAAGAGGAAAUUUGAAGAUGUGGAUGUGGGCUCUUCCAUUUCUAACUCAGAUGAUGAAAUCUCUAGCAGUGACAGUGCUGACAGCUGUGACAGCCUUAACCCUCCUAGCACUGCUGGCUUCACACCCACAUCUAUCUUGAAGCGGCAGAAACAACUCCGGAGGAAGAAUGUACGCUUUGAUCAGGUGACAGUGUACUAUUUUGCCAGGCGCCAGGGCUUCACCAGUGUGCCCAGCCAAGGUGGGAGUUCCUUGGGCAUGGCCCAGCGCCACAAUUCUGUGAGAAGCUACACGCUCUGUGAGUUUGCUCAGGAACAGGAGGUCAACCACCGGGAGAUCCUCCGUGAGCAUCUGAAAGAGGAGAAGCUGCAUGCCAAGAAAAUGAAGCUCACCAAGAAUGGCACGGUGGAGUCAGUGGAGGCUGAUGGCCUGACACUCGAUGAUGUGUCAGAUGAGGACAUUGAUGUGGAGAAUGUAGAAGUGGAUGACUACUUCUUCCUGCAGCCUCUGCCCACCAAGAGGCGUCGGGCCCUGCUCCGGGCCUCUGGUGUCCAUCGAAUUGAUGCUGAGGAGAAGCAAGAGCUUCGGGCCAUCCGACUUUCACGGGAGGAGUGUGGCUGUGACUGCCGGCUGUACUGUGACCCAGAGGCCUGUGCCUGCAGCCAAGCUGGGAUCAAAUGCCAGGUGGAUCGCAUGUCCUUUCCAUGUGGCUGUUCCCGGGACGGUUGUGGAAACAUGGCAGGGCGUAUUGAAUUUAAUCCAAUCCGGGUCCGGACUCAUUACCUCCACACCAUCAUGAAACUGGAGCUGGAAAACAAGCGACAGGUGAGCCGCGUACCAGCCCUAGAAGAGGAACUCUCCCCAGCCCCUAGUGGCGACCUCCCCGGUACUCACGACUCAGAGACCCAGGAUUUCCAGGAGUUCAUUGCUGAAAAUGAGACUGCUGUGAUGCACCUGCAGAGUGCUGAAGAGCUGGAGCGGCUCAAGGCAGAAGACUCCAGCGGCUCCAGUGGCUCCAGUGCCAGCCUGGACUCGAGCAUUGAGAGUCUUGGAGUGUGUAUCUUAGAAGAGCCCCUUACGGUUCCUGAGGAGCUGUGCCCAGGCCUUGCUGCCCCCAUCCUCAUCCAAGCCCAGCUCCCCUCAGGCUCUUCAGUCUUAUGCUUUGCUGAGAACUCAGAACACCCAGCUACCCCCACGGCCAGCGAACCCUCUUAUUUGAACAGUGGCCCUGUGGUCUAUUACCAGGUGGAGCAAAGGUCAGUCUUGGGAAUGAAGGAGGAACCUGAUUCAGAAGCAUCUGAAAUUCCCCCUUCAUUUCCCAUAGAAAAGGAUUUGAGUGUCUUUUCUCUCCCUGCUACCUCAUUGGUGGCCUGUAGCCCCACAGACCCAGCUGCCCUCUGUAAACCAGAGGUGGGGAAAAUGCCCACUUCCGAAUCCUUACUGCCAGAAAGCUGUAACCCCGAAGGGCCUGAAUGUGAUGAUUUCCACCCCCCCUGGUCCCCACCAAACCUUCCCUUCCGCACAGACAGUGAGGAAGGCUGUGGGGUAGAACAGGCCCCAAACGGGCUCUGCGAUCAGGGUCAGCCUCCUAAGGACUCCUCUCUGGCCCUCCCUCUGCCAGUGUGACCUAAGGGACAUUGUCCCUCUCCCAAUAUCUAUUUAUUCACUUAUUUUAUCUAAUACUAUUUUAAAACAAAACUGAAAGAAGCCACUGCUGCUCCCAAGUUAUUUUGUUGGGGUCCGUGGAGAAUGGGGGAUGGGAGGGAUAUGGGGGGCGGGGGUGGGGAAUGGUGUUUGUACAGAUAUUUUAAAAGAAAGGAAAGACAGAUACAAGGAAACUGAACUCCAGCUUUUGAUCCCUUGAAGGGUCUUGGUGCACAGGGACUGUACUGUCUUAAAACUCUUGAGAUUUCUGGGCCAUUGGAAGGAAGAGGCUAAGGUCUCACAAGCCGUUCUUUUCUGAAGGGACCAGAAGCUCUUGGAAGAGCUUGGCAGAUAAAAUGCCCCUUUCCCUUGAGUCUCCCUUCCUGCCAGGGGCCGGAUAGAAGCUAGUUUUCACCCGUUGUUGGGCUGACACACAUCUCAUGCAAGAGUCUGAUGGCAUCUCAGAUUUGGAUGUCAUGUGGUUCCCUGUUGUGAGAGGGGAAAUGGCUGAAACAGGCCUGCUGUAGGAACCUCAAUGAUCCAUAAUAACAAGCCACCCUCCUGUCUGAUUAACUAAUGAGUCUUUGAAACAGUUGGCAUUCUCUGACCAAUUCCCUAUAAUGGAAGCUCCUAGAAGGAAACUUGAGCAUGGGCUUUUCUGUCACUGCCCCAGCCUUUCAGACCCUUGGCCAAAAAGCUGUAGGUGGGGUCUCAGUCCUGGAUGUGCCGUGCAAGCAGUUUUUUCUUUGGGGAAUGUGGUGCUGUUAAUGAGGAAUGUGGCCAGCAAGGUCUACAAUUCUAAUUUCUGCUCCUCCCUUUCUACAUUAUAACACCAGCCUUUCUUGGGAUAAGGAAUCAGGGGAGAGGAAGGCCUUUACACUGCUGUCCACCUUAGGAACUGAAUUGCAAAUAUCCAGCGGGUCCCUUAGGCUUGGAUGAUGCUUUUAGCUCUUUUUUAAAAAGUCAUUUGUCAGGUACUAGUUUGAAAGCUCUAGAUAGUUCUAGAUUUGAAAGGAUUGAAGUUGGAGACAUUUUGUGGAGUAUUUUUUGAGAUCUGCAGAGUAAGACUAAGAUGCAGUCCCAUCCUGAAGCAGAGAAUGAAAUGGCUGUUUCUGUCUCUUAUGCUCCAAGACCUCCUUAGACUAUCAAUGAAUCUUCCUUAUAAAUGAUAAUUACCUCUGCUUUCUUAAAGAGGAAGAAAUAAAAACACUACUUUGGACUCAGUUAUCUCCUAUU